GCAAGUCAUUGGCGCCAAGAUGGCGAUGGAGAUGAGGCUUCCGGUUGCUCGCAAGCCUCUUAGCGAGACCUUGGGCCGCGACUCCAAGAAACACCUGGUGGUGCCGGGUGACACGAUCACUACGGACACGGGCUUCAUGCGAGGUCAUGGAACGUAUAUGGGGGAAGAGAAGCUCAUUGCCUCUGUGGCUGGCUCUGUGGAGAGAGUAAACAAGUUGAUCUGUGUGAAAGCUUUGAAAACCAGAUAUAAUGGUGAAGUAGGAGACAUUGUAGUGGGGAGAAUCACAGAGGUUCAACAGAAGAGGUGGAAGGUGGAGACCAACUCCAGGCUGGAUUCAGUCUUGCUUCUCUCGUCCAUGAACCUUCCUGGAGGAGAGCUGAGGAGAAGAUCUGCAGAAGAUGAGCUUGCAAUGAGAGGUUUCUUGCAGGAAGGGGAUCUUAUCAGUGCUGAGGUCCAGGCAGUGUUCUCUGACGGAGCUGUCUCUCUGCACACGAGGAGCCUGAAAUAUGGAAAACUAGGUCAGGGUGUUCUGGUCCAAGUCUCUCCCUCCCUGGUGAAACGGCAAAAGACUCACUUCCAUGACCUGCCAUGUGGUGCCUCUGUCAUUCUGGGUAACAAUGGCUUUAUCUGGAUCUACCCAACGCCUGAGCAUAAAGAAGAGGAUGCAGGGGGCUUCACUGCAAACCUGGAGCCUGUCUCCCUUGCUGAUCGGGAGGUGAUAUCCCGGCUUCGGAACUGCAUUGUCUCUCUAGUAACUCAGAGGAUGAUGCUGUAUGAUACCAGCAUCCUGUACUGCUACGAAGCAUCCCUUCCACAUCAGAUCAAAGACAUCUUAAAGCCAGAAAUAAUGGAGGAAAUUGUGAUGGAAACACGCCAGAGGCUUUUAGAACAGGAGGGAUAGGAGUAGCUCCUGAAGGACAGGACUGUGUAUAUGUUGCUGGACUGGUUCUUGAAACUGAAGAAUCUGAUGUGUGGUCCCUACGUGCGACUCAGUGAAGACCUGAAAAACUCAUCACUUGAUCUGUGUUGACAGCCAUGUAGACACGGCCUCCGGCCUACAGACCUGCUUUCUCCUGUUCUAAGACAAAGCCUGGGUGGAAGGUGAACAGUGCCUCUGGCCCCUCAGGUUGCUGGCUGAAUCCCAGCACUAGGGGCUGGUUUCAGGUCUUUCAAAGUGCAGUGUCCCAACCGCCAGCCAAAUGGGCUCAUCCUGGAGUAAUAUGGAGAAUCCUUUGUCUUACAUGCCCCGUCAUUCACAGGGCACGGUACCCUGUGCAGUUGCCCCAGUGGGAAGCAUGGCAUCCCUGACCCCCAAACAGUCUGCUUUCGGCUGCACUCCACCCCCUUUAAAGCUCAAGUAUGACACUGAAGAAUACAGUUGGUAAGGUUAGCCCCGCAACCAAAUGGAAGAGUAAAGUUAACCAAGCGGCCUUUUGCUGGGUUGGAAUCUUAUUCCCAUUGUGUGUCCCAUGUGUGUCCACACCAGGAUGCCUUGAUCUGUCCUGCUUGUUUGGACGACUUGUAAGAAGCUGAAUUAUUAUCGAUAUAGAAUGAA